GUUGAAGCCUCUCUCUCCUGUGUUUUUUCCUUGUUGAAGCCUCUCUCUCUCUAAGGACCUCCUGUUUGUCCAAGCACUGUUUCAACUCACGACCCAUCACUUUCUCUCUCCACCCUCACGACCCAGCCUCUUUCUCUCUCCUCAUCGUCUCUCCAGCCGCCUCUCUCCUUUACUCUUUUUCCCUCUCUAAAACUCUCUCUCCAUGUGCAUUGAGUGAAAGGUACUGUAGGCUGCUUUUUGUACCGUCUCACUGCUAUUGCCUUUGUACUCUACAAGCCGUGAUCAUGAAGGGGCGCCACCACUGGAACAGGAAGACUGAGUUUUAGUUUCCAGUUUGGUAGAGAGAGGUUUUAGAGAGAGGGUGUUGCUUUUUGUAGAAGACGGUUAUGAUAUGUGUGCAUUAGGUGGUGCAGGCGCGCUCUAUUUAAUGGAACCAUCACGUGAGUCGUAGGCUGGCUUCUUUACGGGAGGACAACCCCGCUUUAUCACCAGGACCUCCAUUUUUUUUCUUGUUUCUCUCUCUUCUCUUUCUCUCUCUACUGGUUCGUGUGGUGGGUUUAUGAAGGAUGACUGCAGAAAAGAAGGGAGUGGGGCAAACUGUGGUUGUUGGGGUGAAGUUGGAUUCACAUAGCAGAGAAUUGCUCACUUGGGCUCUCGUCAAAGUUGCAGAACCAGGUGAUCGUGUUGUUGCUCUUCAUGUUCUUAAGAAUUCAGAGGUGCGGUCAAAUGGGACGUCUUCGGUUCUCUGUCUUGCAAAGGCUUUCGACUCCAUUCUUGCUGUCUAUGAAGGCUUCUGCAACCUGAAACAGGUAGAUCUCAAGGUUAAGAUUUGUCGGGGUUCCUCUAUUCGCAAAGUCAUGGUCGAAGAAGCGAAAUGCAGUGGAGCUACAAGCUUCAUUGUCGGUAUAACAAGGAACAACGCUCUCAGUUCUUCCGUUUCUUUAGCAAAAUUUUGUGCCAAGAAGCUAUCUCAAGAGUGUUCAGUUCUAGCCGUGAACAAUGGGAAGGUGGUCUUCCAGAGAGAGGCAUCACCCUUACCCUCAUCAGGAAGAUCAAGUGUGGACGAUGUUCCGAAGCCAAGUCUUCUCGGUUCCAUUCACCGAUCCUUGAGUAAGAAUUCGAAAGUUUUGAGCAGCAAUUUGGACGAUCUUUCCAUAAUACAAGAAAACCCCAACGCAACUGCAUCACUAAAGAAGAAGCCAUCUCAAAUUUCAAAGCAAAAACCCAACAGUGGUGGAGUGGCACUCAAACCAAGCUGUCACUUCUGUUCUGAUAAAACUAACAAUGAGGCUCAAACUCGAAGUGAGGCUGAAGCCCAAAGGCUAAUUCCAUCAAAAAAUCAAUCUGAAGAAGAAGAAACAGAGCAUAAUCCUUUAGCUCUGGUUGUUGUGAAAGAUUCAAAAGGAUCACUUUCUGUGGUUUCUAAGCAUUCCACAGAGUUAAGACCAGGUUGGCCUCUUUUAAGAGGAGCGGUUUUGCCUAACAAGGAAUGUUCUGAAAAGCCGCCAGGCUUCAGGCAAGUCUCAGUGGUUCAAUGGGCAAUGCAGCUUCCAAAUAGGUUUAUAGCAAUACAUUCAGAAAACAAACUGAAAAUAGAGGGUGGUACUGAAUGCAAAGCCAUAGUUCCUUUUGGUGAUGCCUCGGUGAAUUCUCAAGAAGAAGAGCGCAAGGAAUUGCCUAAAGAAUUGGAGUCACUUCAUGAGAAGUAUGGUUCUACCUGCAGGCUGUUCGGCUAUGAGGAACUUCGGCAAGCCACAUCUGAGUUUUCUGCAGAGAAUUUGAUAGGAAAGGGAGGAAGCAGCAAGGUUUACAAGGGUAUUCUUCCUGAUGGGAGAGAAAUUGCAGUUAAGAUCUUGAAAUCUUCUGAAGAUUCUUUGCAAGAGUUCCUACUUGAAAUCGAGAUAGUGACUGCCUUAAGCCACAAUAAUAUAAUCUCUCUUGUUGGCUUCUCAUUUGAAGGCGGUAAUCUUCUCUUGGUUUAUUAUUUCCUUUGUCGAGGAAGCCUGGAAGAUAAUCUCCAUGGUGAUAAGAAGGACAAGUUUGUGAUUCCAUGGGCCGAGAGAUUCAAGGUGGCAGUUGGGGUUGCCGAAGCUCUAGAUUAUCUUCAUAGUGGCCACUCACAACCUGUGAUACAUAGGGAUGUGAAGUCUUCCAAUAUUCUACUUUCUGAGGAAUUCGAGCCUCAGUUAUCUGAUUUUGGACUUGCCAAAUGGGCCUCGACAUCUUCAUCACAUAUAACAUGCAGUGAUGUUGCAGGCACUUUCGGAUAUCUGGCUCCUGAAUACUUCAUGUAUGGGAAGGUCAAUGACAAAAUUGAUGUUUACUCUUUUGGAGUUGUCCUCCUCGAGCUACUAUCAGGAAGAAAGCCCAUCAGCAAUGAUUUGCCCAAGGGAAAGGAAAGCUUGGUUAUGUGGGCAACACCACUUUUGGAGAAGGGCAAAGUGCUUGAGCUUGUAGAUCCAACCCUUGGUGAUGAUUACGAUCGUGAUCAAAUGCAUAGAGUGAUGUUAGCUGCCUCACUAUGCAUACGUCGAGCUGCUCGAUCAAGACCUCACAUGAGCCUUAUUUUGAAACUGCUUAAAGGAGAUGAUGAUGUGGUGAAGUGGGCAAGGCUUCAAUUAAGUGCUUCUGAGGAGUUGGAUGGGGUUGAUGAGGAAACAUUCUGCUCUCCUGAUAUUCAGUCUCAUGUCAACCUUGCUUUACAUGAUGUGGAUUUCGAUAUGCAGUCGGUAAGCAGCGUCGAUCAGAGUGUUGAUAAUAUAACUUCAUACAAGUCCUUGGAAGAUUAUUUGCAGGGUAGGUGGAGCCGCUCCUCAAGCUUUGACUGAUUUAUCUGUAUCCUUGGUAUACUAUAGGAAAAAAGAAAAAGAGAAAUCAAGAGUGAGAUGUAUUGGAUGAGAGAUAAAAAAUAAAACAAAUACCAAAACUGAGUUGGAUGAGAUAAGGCCUUGGACGAGAGGUUGUCUUCGAGUUUGUCCUCCUCCUGGCCUUCUAGUCCACAAGCCAGACACUCUGUCGAGUUUUCGAGGCAGGGUGUGCAUCCAUAGUUUUUUCUUGAUCCAAAGUCGAGAAAUGAUCAUAACAUGGAUGCAUUUAGCUUGUAAAGAGAGUUUUCAAGGCGGGUUGUGCAUCCAUAGUUUUUUCUUGAUCCAAGGUUGAGAAAUGAUCAUAACAUGGAUGCAUUUAGCUUGUAAAGAAUUUUUUUAUUUUUUGUCUUUUGUUUUGGUUUUUUUUAUUUUUUGUCUUGUGAAAAGGGUACUGAAGUGCCUUUUCUGUUUAUUUUUUGUCUUUUGUUUUGGUUUUUUUAUUUUUUGUCUUGUGAAAAGGGUACUGAAGUGCCUUUUCUGUUGCUCUUUGUCCGGCAUUUCUUGGUGCUUUAUGUUUGUAUUUUUUGGUCUUGGAGAGUGAAUGAGCAUUCACAAAUGUAUAUUGGAAGUCUAAUGAGUGUGUUUGGAUCUAAUGAGAAAUGGAUAUGGAGUCUAAUAAGAAA